ACCUAACCUCCCUGAAUAUGGAAAAACCAUGGUUUUUAUAGCAACACAAAACAACACAACAAAGUACUAUAAAACAAAACAUAAACAAUUUUUAAGAAACAACUGCGUUCCCCACAACCCAGUACCUGAAAAUCCAUUGGCUUUCUCUCUCUCUCUCUCUCUCUCUCUCUCACAACAAAUAUAUACCCUUCUUUCCCAUAAUUCUAUGAACAAUAUUUUCUCUCCUAUAUAUUCGCCUCCAUCAAAAUCUCAUUUUUCUUCUCUAAAUCUCUAAUUUUCUCAAUUGGGUCUUCAAAAAUUCAUAAAACAAAAUGCGUAUGAGUUGUAACGGUUGUCGUGUACUAAGAAAAGGUUGUAGUGAAAAUUGUAGCAUAAGACCUUGUUUGCAAUGGAUCAAAAGCCCUGAAUCACAAGCUAAUGCUACCGUGUUUCUCGCCAAAUUCUACGGCCGUGCCGGUCUCAUGAACCUUGUCAACGCUGGUCCUGAACAUCUUCGUCCAGCGAUUUUUCGUUCAUUGUUGUACGAAGCAUGUGGUCGAAUAGUGAACCCGAUUUACGGUUCAGUUGGUUUAUUAUGGUCUGGGAGCUGGCAACUUUGUCAAGCCGCUGUGGAAGCCGUUUUGAAAGGCGCGCCGAUUACGCCAAUAACUUCGGAAGCAGCUGCUAAUGGGCGGGGUCCACCUCUCAAGGCGUAUGACAUACGCCACGUGUCGAAAGAAGAGAACUCCGCCGUUUCGAACGAAACUCAGCAGCGAGUCAAGACUCGGUCUCGUGUGAAGCGAUCGAACUUAGCCAAGCCGAAGUUAACAACUGAUAAUGAGGAAAAAAGUAGCAAUAACAAAGGAAUUGAAUCCGGUUCUGUUGAACCGGUUGAAGAAGUGAUGAACCGGUCCGCGAGUCAUGAAUCAUCGCUAAGCCACCAGUCUGAGGCGGUAAAUGCGGCGGCGGUGGAUGGAGAGAGUAAAGAGAGUGAUGAAAGUAUGGCUUCGGUUGAAACGGCUGAGACUUCGAUGAACUUAUUUAGAGAUGAACCGGAGUCAACCAGAGAUUUGAAACGGGUGGACCGAACCGGUGAAAGUGGAGAGGAAAAUGUUGGUUUAGAAUUGACUCUUGGGUUUGAACCGGUUUCACGUGUUCAUCACGUGGUUCCUGUGAAGAAAAGAAGAGUUGAAUUGAAAGAUUGUGGUGGCGGCUCAUGGAAGAUUGAGCUGGGGCUUCCAUAAACGGCUUAAGGGGCUUUGUGUUCCGGUUCAGUUUUGACUUAAUCGGCUUUCUAUCAUUUGUACAAGUGAAGAGAUCAUCAGAACCGUUUCUUGUUUAGUUUUUUUUUUUUUUUUUUUAUUUACUUUUUUUAAUUACCUUUUAACUUUUUUGGGGGGCAUUUUGGGUUAAUUAACUCUUUUUUUUCUCUUUCUAUUUUAAGAAAAUGUGAAUGUGGUGAUGUCUAAA